AACGCAGUGACAUANGAUGAUNUANUGGUGAGCUUUNCUCNGGAAGAAUGGGCUUUGCUGGAUCCUUCCCAGAAGAGUCUCUACAAAGAUGUGAUGCAGGAAACCUGUAGGAACCUCACUGCUAUAGGCUAUAGCUGGGAAGAUCAUAAUAUUGAAGAAGAUUGUNAAAAUUCUGGAAGACCCAGAAGGCAUCUUCAAUGGGAUGGACCAAUUAAUACUGGAGAAAAAACUUAUGAAUGUAUCCAAUAUAAUGGAGCCUUUGCAAGAAACAAUCACCAUCAGUUACAUAAGACUACAGGAUCUUUUAUGUCUUAUACUGAUCAUCAAAUACAAAGAAGAACACACACUGGAGCAAAACCCUAUGAAUGUAAUCAAUGUGGGAAAGCGUUUGCACGGCACAACAAUCUUCAAAUCCAUAAAAGAAUACAUACUGGAGAAAAACCCUAUGAAUGUAACCAGUGUGGCAAAGCCUUUGCACAGCUUGGUAAUCUUCAGUGUCAUGAAAGGAUACAUACUGGAGAGAAACCCUAUGAAUGUAACCAAUGUGGUAAAGCCUAUACACGACACAGCACUCUUCAAAGACAUAAAAGAACACAUUCUGGAGAGAAACUCAAUGAAUGUAAACAAUGUGGCAAAGCCUUUACAUGUCAUAGCUAUCUUCAAAUCCAUGAAAGAAGCCAUACUGGACAGAAAGUCUAUGAAUGUGACCAAUGUGGCAAAGCUUUUAUAUGUCACAGUACUCUUCAAAUCCAUAAAAGAACGCAUACUGGAGAGAAACCCUAUGAAUGUAAUCAAUGUGGCAAAGCCUUUGCAUAUCGCAAUACUCUUCAAAUCCAUAAAAGAACACAUACUGGGGAGAAACCCUAUGAAUGCAGUCAAUGUGACAAAGCCUUUGCAUGUCACAAUACUCUUCAGAUUCAUAAACGAACACAUACUGGAGAGAAACCCUAUGAAUGUAGUCAAUGUGGCAAAGGCUUUGCAAGUCACAAAUAUCUUCGGAAGCAUAAAAGAACACAUACUGGAGAGAAACCCUAUGAAUGUAAUCAGUGUGGCAAAGCCUUUGCACAAUUUGUACAUCUUCAAUGUCAUAAAAGAACACAUACUAGAGAGAAACCCUAUGAAUGUAAAGAAUGUGGCAAAGCCUUUGCACUUCACAGCUAUCUUCAAAUCCAUAAAAGAACACAUACUGGAGAAAGACCCUAUGAAUGUAAACAAUGUGGCAAAGCCUUUGUAGGUCACAGUAGUCUUCGAAAUCAUAAAAGAAUACAUACUGGAGAGAAACCCUAUGAAUGUAACCAGUGUGGCAAAGCCUUUGCACAAGUUUGUAAUCUUCAAUUUCAUAAAAAAAUGCAUACUGGAGAGAAACCCUAUGAAUGUAAACAAUGUGGCAAAGCCUUUGCAUGUCACAGCUAUCUUCAAAUCCAUAAAAGAACCCAUACUGGAGAGAAACCCUAUGAAUGUAAACAAUGUGGCAAAGCCUUUGCAUGUCGCAGAUAUCUUCGAAAGCAUAAUAGAACACAUACUGGAGAGAAACCCUAUGAAUGUAACCAAUGUGGCAAAGCCUAUACAGGACACAGCAGUCUUCAAAGACAUAGAAGAACACAUUCGGGAGAGAAACUCUAUGAAUGCAAAUUAUGCGGCAAAGCCUUUACAUGUCACAGCUAUCUUCAAAUCCAUGAAAGAAGCCAUACUGGAGAGAAACCCUAUGAAUGUAAACAAUGUGGCAAAGCCUUUGCAUGUCACAGAUAUCUUGGAAAUCAUAAAAGAACACAUACUGGAGAGAAACCGUAUGAAUGUAUCCAAUGUGGCAAAGCCUACAAACGACACUGCAAUCUGCUAAGACAUAAAGGAACACAUUCUGGAGAGAAAAAUCUAUGAAUGUAAACAAUGUGGCAAAGCCUUUACAUCUCACAGUACUCUUCACAUCCAUAAAAGAAGCCAUACUGGAGAGAAACCCUAUGAAUGUAAACAGUGUGGCAAAGCCUUUACAUGUCACAGAUAUCUUCAAAAGCAUAAUAGAACACAUUCUGGAGAGAAACCCUGUGAAUGUAAUCAGUGUGGCAAACAGUUUGCAGAUCACAGCUAUCUUCAAAUCCACAAAAGAACACAUACUAGAGAGAAACCCUAGGAAUGUAAACAAUGUGACAAAGCCUUUGCAGAUCACAAAAAUUUUCGAAAACAUAAAACAACACAUUCUGGAGAGAAACUCUAUGAAUGUAAAUAAUGUGGCAAAGCCUAUACACAACACAUCAAUCUUCAAAGACAUAAAAGAACACAUUCUGGAGUCUGAUUCUUUUGCCUGCUCUCGAGAUAUUUUAUGUCCUAUUUAAUUGCUUUGCUACAUUACAUAUGAGCGUUUGUGCCUAUAUUUAUUAAAAUAUGGUAUGCCUUGUUCAUUUGAUAUCCCCAAGUAU